AUGAUGCGCUCUCGAGAACCACCGCCAGCAACACAGCAAACACCAGGGAAUGACGUCACGAGUCACCAAGAAGUCCAGGCCGCGGGCACCAUCCAGCGCGUGUAUCGGGGUUAUCGAACUCGACGGGAAUUGCAGGGCAACAAUCUCACUGCUGCCAGUCGGUGGAUGGAGAAAACCCACCAACCAUCCAUCCAAUAUCCCGAGAAUUCAGCACCCACUGAAUGUGACUCCGCUCCAAGUCCGGCGCGCAAAAACUGGCAACGAGCGGUCAGCGUAGCCAUCCAAGCUGGGGCUACCGGUGACUGUACACCAUCGGCUCCACUGAGGAGAAAUGAUAACUCAAGCCACCGGGAGGGAAAGCGGGAACUGACAAAAAUAAUGGACCUGCCAUAUUUCCUCGAAAUGGUCGAUGGGAAACACAGGCAUGGGAGCCACCUUCGUGCUUAUCAUGCAGUCUGGAAGGAUUCCCCUUCGAGCGAGAACUUCUUCUACUGGCUUGAUCAUGGCGAGGGGAAAGACGUGGAAGUUCCACGAUGCUCCAGGGAAAAGCUUGAGAGAGACCAAGUCCGCUAUUUAUCCGCGGAGGAGAGACUGAAGUAUCUGGUCAAGGUGGAUGAUGCCGGAAUGUUCCGCUGGGCGAAGAAUGAUGAACUUGUUCAAACGAAUAGCAAGAGAUUCAAGGAUAGUAUUCAAGGGGUUGUUCAUGUACAAGACGGUGCCAUGCCAUAUAAAGGAAACAUAGAGACAUCGAGUCCACAUUCCCCUUCGCCAUCCUCAUCCCCAUCCCCACCAGCAACUUCUUCAUCAAGUCCUGCUGGGGAUAAGGAAAACGACGACCCACGACUAUCGACACGCGAGGACUAUGAGCUGAACAAAGCGGUCAGCAAAUUCUCUCGCAUUAAGCCCACUGUCAUAUAUGAUCACUUUGCUGGGAGCUUUUCGACAAAAGACGACAUGUGGAUAUUUGUUGCCGAUACAUCAUUCCGAAUCUACAUCGGCAUCAAAGAGCCUGGUGCCUUCCAACACUCCUCCUUUCUCCGCGGUGGACGGAUUUCGGCAGCUGGGAUGCUCAGAAUCAAGAAUGGUCAGCUACGCAGUCUGGCCCCACUAAGCGGACACUAUCGCCCUCACUUAGCCAACUUCCGAGCCUUCCAUCACUCCCUCCAAGAACGAGGUGUCGAUCUAUCCCGUGUCUCCAUUAGCAAAUCCUACGCGAUCUUAGCAGGAAUUGAGGGAUACACCAUUACGAAGAAGAAACUCCACAACGCUCAUGAAAAGCUAGAUACUGCCAAAGACAAUGCCAAAUAUAAUGUCAAAGACAAACUCCAAAAACUUCAUCUUUCCGACCCACAGGAUUCAAAGGAAAGUGGGGAGUGA